AUGUCCCAUCAAAUCACAGAGAGACUCAUGGGACACAGCCAUGUGGCUGGACUGACUCCCUCUGCCUUCCAGAAGGAGAUGUCUCUCAACACCAAGCAGAGGCUGGCCAGAGCUAAGAAGCUGAGUCUGCCUCCCAUUGUCCAGCCUCAAGACAAGCCUGGGACCUCCCAUCACAAGUUCUCAGCAGCUGCCCCAGAGCAGCGCUCGUUUCAGCCUUGCCCACCAGAGGUGGUGUUUCAGAACUACAGCCCCGGUGAGGUCUGUGAAGUGCCGCUGGUUCUGAGGAACAGGGACAAGGUUCCUCACUUGGUGAAGGUCACCUUGAAGAGCUCACCUUAUUUCCAGCUGGUGGGCCCCAAUGACGUGUGCCGCAAGGUGCCACCGGGCCUCUACACCACUGUCCGCAUCCUCUUCACCCCUGGGCAGAGAAAGGAUUAUUUCCACCAGCUCCUCUGCACCACUGAAAAUGAAGAGUUCAUUGUGCCAAUUUGGGCCAUCGGUGGCCGAGCCAUCCUGGACUUCCCUGACCAGCUGGACUUCUCCACCUGUCCGGUCAAGUACACGACCCAGAAGACCCUGCUGGUUCACAAUGUUGGAAACCGGCCUGCUUGUUACGAGCUCAGCACCCAGAGCCCUUUCUCUGUCACUCCGGCCAUGGGAACUCUGGAUGUUGGUGAUGCCGUGGAGGUGGCAGUGGAAUUUCGGCCACUGAAGACUGGUGACCAUUCCAGGUCCCUUGUUGUGCACUACGACACAGGUGAAGACACCCACACAAGCCUUCAUGCCAGAGCUGUGGAUGCCCACAUCAGGCUGGACAGGAAUACUGUGACCCUGGAGAAGACGUACAUCACCAUGUCAAACAGCGCAACUGUGCUCAUCCACAACCGCAGCGACAUCACAGCCCGCUUCCAGUGGAAGGCUGUGGAUACUGAGGAACAGGAGGAACAGCUGAGGCAGAGGCAGUAUCACAGGAUAUACCAGCAGCAAAGGCACAAGUUGUAUAGUUUUCUGAAGGAGCGUGAAGUGGACAUCACUUGCCGAGAACGCCUUGCUCUUCUCAACCACACCUUCCAGAGUGAGGUAGCAAAGAUCAGAGGAGAUCCCAUGCUGUUAGACGAUGACAUUUUCUCCCUUGUGCCAAAGGAGGGUGAGAUCAUGCCGAAGUGCUCGGCUGAAAUCAGCGUGUUCUUCACGCCCCAGGCAGCCCAGGUCUAUGAGCGAACAGUUUACUGUGACAUCUCAGGCCGUGAGAACAGGCUGCCCCUGCUCCUCAUGGGGGAAGGCCUCGGGCCCCGGGUCCAUCUCCACUUUGAGGAACUGAACAUCGGGGAGGUUUUUGUCAGAGUAACCCACAGAUAUGAGGCAUACCUGAUCAACAAGGGGCCUAUUGAGGCUCCCUUCAAACUCAUCCCUCCAACCACAGCCAUGGGCUCCUGCUUCACCUUCCUGCCCCAGGAGGGCAUCGUGGCACCAGAGAAGCUCCAGGCCAUCCGGGUCUCCUUCUGUCCCACCAUCCGGGGGGAGUUUGAGGAACAAUUCUAUUUCCAUGUGGCUGAAUCCCCUAAGCCUGUGAUCUUCACUGUCAGGGGCUCUGUGAUAGGACCCACUUUCCAUUUUGAUGUGCCCGCCCUGCACUUCGGUGACAUCGCCUUUGGUUUUCCUCAUACCUUGAAGUGUUGCCUGUUUAACACCUCCCUGACACCCAUGGGCUUCUCCCUCUACAUUCCUGGGGAUGGCUUGGGAGUGCCCAGUGUUAGCAGCACUACUCAGAUAGGCAAACCCAGCAGCCAGUUGUGGAGGAAGGAAGUUCGAGUUCUGAUAAGGCCACAGGAAUUUACCAUAAACCCCCACAGCGGGACCGUCCGUGCCCUGGGAUCCCAGGAUAUCAAGGUCACCCUGUGUCCCAACACUGUUGGGGACUACAAUCUGGAGCUGGUGCUGGACGUGGAAGAUGUUGGCAGGAAGGUGUUUGCACUGCCCCUCACAGCCAGGUGCAUCGUUCCUACUCUGCGAGUGCUCAACCCUGUCGUGGAACUGGGGCACUGCUGCUUGAAGGUGCUCUAUGAUGAGAAGGUGACCCUGGUGAAUGACAGUGACUUCCCAGGCUGCUACUGUCUUCUCCCUCAGGUUUGGCCUUGCAUCCAUCUCCUCCCCUCAGAUUUUACUGGGGGGGUUAUUAGGGGAAUAAAAGGCUGCCAGGAACACAAGGAGGAGGCUGCUGCGUGGUACUCCAGCCUUGCACCCUCUGGGAUUAUCGAGGCUCACAGCUCGGUGCAGAUCCCAAUUACACUCCAGGCCCAGUUGCUGGGACAGUGCAGCAUCACUGCCAAGCUGGCCGUGUUUGGGAGACCAGGAUCCCCACUGAACUUAGUGUUCAAGGAUGGCUGUGCAGCAGCAAAGGCUGGGAAGGUGCUUUGGGCCAAGGUGGAGCAUUUGAAUGAAGCAGGCAGGAGGGCCAUCAUUGUCCCCAGUCUAGGAAUGCUCUUGGAGCUGGCUGUGUUUUUAAAACUGCCUUUGUUGCAUCUUUUGACCUUUCCUACCUUCUUCCUGGAACAGGAAAUCCGUUUAGAGUGCGUUGGCCAGGGCCCCGUUGUCUAUGUCCAUCCCAGGGAGAUAAACUUCGGCUCUAUCCCAGUCCUAGAGGAUUGUUCCAAAACUCUCCACCUCGCCAAUCAGUGUAAGAUUCCUGCAGCCUUCCAGGUGGAGAUGGCUGUGGAACGUUCCUGCUGGAGGAUUGAGCCCAGUAAAGGAGUGGUCCCCCCCAGUUCUGAGGUGUCCGUGGCUGUCAUAGCUAACCUGAAUGACACAGUGAAAUUCCAGGAGAAGCUGAAGGUGUUCAUUGAGAACAACCCUGUGACCAUCAUCCCUCUCCAGGCUGUGGGCGUUGGCACCACAGUUGUCUCGGACAAACCUCUUGUUCCGAAGCUCGACUUGAAGUCCUGCUUCAGCUUCAGUCGCUGCUUUUACCACUUCCAGCUGACGAACAGAGGCCGCCGCACGCAGCGGCUCUACUGGAGCACGGAAGGGUUCCGCACCUUCCGCCGCAGCGCGCGGGCCCCGGCCCCCGCGGGCCCCCCGGGCAAAGGGGCUCCCCCCAUGCCCAGGCCUGGCAGCCCCGUGUUCAAGCUGUGCCCAGCGCAGGUGGACCUGAGGCCGGGCCAGACUGUGGACAUGGUGCUGGAAGGCUGCUCCAGCACUGUCCAGGAGGUGAAGGAGCGGCUGCUGUGCCACGCUGUGGUGGGGAAAGAGACAGCAAAGAAACAGAUCCUGCAAACAGAUGUCAUCUGCAACUUCAUCUGCCCUGCAGUGCAAAUGUCCCCCAGAGCCAUCGCUUUCCGUGUGGAAAAGAAACCCAGUGAUGUCCUGACACUGCAGUACCAGCCGCUGACCUUAAAAAACACCAGCUCCCUGCCAUUCAGCGUGGUGCUGGACGUGGAGCAGCCCUUCCUGGUCUGCAAUGUGAACCGGAAGCCCCUCCCUGCAAAUUGCAAGCCUGUGAGAGUGGAUGUAGGGAAGGAACUUCAUCUCUGCAUCUGCUUUAACCCAGCUUAUAAGAACAGUCUGAUCAGCUGGGUGGUAAAGAAGGUUCUCAGGGUGAGCUUCGUGGAGCAUCCUCAUGUGGAGAAGAUCCCUCUUCGGGGGGAAGUCUACUUCCCAAAUCUCCACCUCCCCACCAAGGCCGUGGACUUUGGCUGCAUCAUAAAUGACACUGAACAAGAGUUGAAGAUGGAGAUGACCAACUGCAGCCCACUCCCUGUCAACUACCACUGGUCAUUCCUGACAGACAGCCAGGUUCAUCCCUUCACCACCUAA